AAGGUCGCGCGGGCCGGAGCGAGCGGGCGUCGGCGCCAGCAGGUCGGUCCACCCGAGGAACGAGCGCGGAGGAACUGGGACCGGUCCGGGGAGAUUGCACCGGCGGUGCACGGAGAGCGCGCGGGCGAGCUAGGAGCCUGGCCUCAGAGCGCAGCCCCGACCCGGCGUCCCGGGAGGUGUCCGGGGCUCCGGCUCCAUCCGCGGGGACAUGUCGUACAGCGAGCUCUACACCCGGUACACAAGGGUCUGGAUCCCUGACCCAGAUGAAGUAUGGCGUUCGGCUGAGCUAACCAAGGACUACAAAGAGGGGGAUAAGAGCCUGCAGCUCAGACUGGAAGAUGACACAAUUCUGGAAUACCCAAUUGAUGUCCAGAAAAACCAGGUGCCAUUCUUACGGAAUCCAGAUAUCUUAGUCGGAGAAAAUGACCUGACUGCCCUCAGUCAUCUCCAUGAGCCUGCCGUUCUGCAUAACUUAAAGGUCCGUUUCCUGGAGUCCAACCACAUCUACACUUAUUGUGGUAUCGUGCUUGUGGCCAUCAACCCAUAUGAGCAGCUUCCAAUCUAUGGACAAGAUGUCAUCUAUGCCUACAGUGGCCAAAAUAUGGGUGACAUGGACCCCCACAUCUUUGCUGUGGCAGAAGAAGCCUACAAGCAGAUGGCCAGAGAUGAAAAGAACCAAUCCAUCAUAGUCAGCGGAGAGUCUGGAGCAGGGAAGACGGUGUCAGCCAAGUAUGCCAUGCGCUAUUUUGCCACAGUUGGUGGCUCAGCCAGUGAUACCAACAUUGAAGAGAAGGUCCUGGCAUCCAGUCCCAUCAUGGAGGCUAUCGGGAAUGCCAAGACCACUCGCAACGACAAUAGCAGCCGCUUUGGGAAGUUCAUUGAGAUUGGCUUUGAUAAAAAAUACCACAUCAUCGGGGCCAACAUGAGGACCUACUUGCUGGAGAAGUCUCGGGUGGUCUUUCAGGCAGAAGAUGAGAGGAACUACCACAUCUUUUACCAGCUCUGUGCUGCUGCCAGCCUUCCUGAAUUUAAAGAACUUGCUCUAACCUGUGCAGAGGACUUUCUCUAUACAUCCCACGGAGGAAGCACGACCAUCGAGGGUGUCGAUGACGCAGAGGACUUUGAGAAGACACGGCAAGCCCUCACACUCCUUGGAGUGCGUGAUUCCCAUCAAAUAAGCAUCUUUAAGAUAAUUGCUUCCAUCUUGCAUCUUGGAAGUGUGGAAAUUCAGUCAGAGCGUGAUGGGGAUUCCUGCAGCAUACCACCGCAGGAUGAACACUUGAGCAACUUCUGCCGCCUGCUAGGAGUGGAACACAGUCAGAUGGAGCACUGGCUGUGCCAUCGCAAGCUGGUCACCACCUCGGAGACCUACGUCAAGACCAUGAGCCUGCAGCAGGUGGUCAACGCGCGCAAUGCCCUGGCCAAGCACAUCUAUGCCCAGCUGUUCUCCUGGAUUGUGGAGCAUAUCAACAAGGCCCUGCACUCCUCCCUUAAGCAGCACUCCUUCAUCGGGGUCCUGGAUAUCUACGGGUUUGAGACCUUCGAGAUUAACAGCUUCGAGCAGUUUUGUAUCAACUAUGCCAAUGAAAAGCUCCAGCAACAGUUCAAUUCGCAUGUGUUCAAGCUGGAGCAAGAAGAAUACAUGAAGGAGCAGAUCCCGUGGACCCUGAUUGACUUUUAUGAUAACCAACCUUGUAUCGACCUCAUAGAAGCAAAGCUGGGUAUCCUGGACCUGUUGGACGAAGAGUGUAAGGUCCCCAAAGGAACUGACCAGAACUGGGCCCAGAAGCUCUAUGAACGGCACUCCAGCAGCCAGCACUUCCAGAAACCACGCAUGUCCAACACAGCCUUCAUUGUCGUCCACUUCGCAGACAAGGUGGAGUACCUUUCCGAUGGCUUUCUGGAGAAAAAUAGGGAUACGGUCUAUGAAGAACAGAUCAACAUCCUGAAAGCCAGCAAGUUCCCACUAGUGGCUGACUUGUUCCAUGAUGACAAGGACUCUGUUCCUGCCACCAGCACAGCUAAGAAUCGAUCAGCUUCAAAGAUCAACAUUCGCUCCUCCAGACCCCCCGUGAAGGUCUCCAACAAGGAGCAUAAGAAAUCCGUGGGCUACCAGUUCCGCACUUCCCUAAAUCUCCUAAUGGAGACUCUGAACGCCACAACGCCACACUACGUGCGAUGCAUCAAGCCCAAUGACGAAAAGCUCCCCUUCCACUUCGACCCAAAGAGAGCCGUGCAGCAGCUCAGAGCCUGCGGAGUGUUGGAAACCAUUCGGAUCAGCGCAGCCGGCUACCCAUCCAGGUGGACCUACCAUGACUUCUUCAACCGGUAUCGUGUGUUGAUGAAGAAGAGAGAGCUUGCCAACACCGACAAGAAGAGCAUCUGCAAGUCUGUGCUGGAGAGUCUCAUCAAGGAUCCAGACAAGUUCCAGUUUGGCCGCACCAAGAUCUUCUUCCGGGCAGGCCAAGUGGCCUACUUGGAGAAGCUGCGGGCAGACAAGUUCCGGGAAGCCACCAUCAUGAUCCAGAAGACAGUCAGGGGCUGGCUGCAGAAGCUGAAGUAUCGUAGGCUGAAGGCAGCUACCUUAACCCUGCAGAGGUUCUACAGAGGACACCUGGCUCGCAGGCUGGCUGAGCACCUGCGGAGAACCCGUGCAGCCAUAGUGUUCCAGAAGCAGUACCGGAUGCAGAGGGCCCGCCAGGCCUACCGGAGAGUCUGCAGGGCUGCGGUCGUCAUCCAGUCCUUCACGCGAGCCAUGUUUGUGCGAAGAAACUACUGCCAGGUUCUCAAGGAGCAUAAAGCCACCAUCAUCCAGAAGUAUGCCCGGGGCUGGAUGGCACGGAGACAUUUCCAGAGGCAGCGGGAUGCAGCCAUCGUCAUCCAGUGUGCCUUCCGGAGGCUCAAGGCCAAGCAGGAGCUGAAGGCCCUCAAGAUCGAGGCCCGCUCUGCAGAGCAUCUGAAACGUCUCAAUGUGGGCAUGGAGAACAAAGUCGUCCAGCUACAGCGGAAGAUUGAUGACCAGAACAAAGAGUUCAAGACUCUGUCGGAGCAGUUGUCGGUGGCCACCUCCACACAUGCCAUGGAGGUGGAGAAGCUGAAGAGGGAGCUGGCACAUUACCAGCAGAACCAGGAGGCCGAUACCAGCCUGCAGCUGCAGGAAGAGGUGCAGAGCCUGCGCACUGAACUACAGAGGGCUCAGUCGGAGCGGAAGGUCCUAGAAGAUGCCCACAGCAGGGAGAAUAACGAGCUGAGAAAGCGUGUUGCAGAUCUGGAACAUGAAAAUGCUCUCUUGAAGGAUGAGAAAGAACACCUUAAUAACCAAAUCCUGCGCCAAUCCAAAGCUGAAUUUUCCCAGAGCUCUGUGGAGGAGAGCCUCCUGAUGAAGAAGGAACUGGAGGAGGAGAGGUCCAGGUACCAGAACCUCGUGAAGGAAUACUCCCGGCUGGAGCAGAGAUAUGAGAACCUGCGAGACGAGGUGACCGUCCUAAAGCAAACUCCGGGCCACAGGAAGAACCCCUCAAAUCAAAGUAGUUUAGAGUCUGACUCCAAUUAUCCCUCCAUUUCCACUUCUGAGAUUGGAGACACCGAGGAUGCCCUUCAGCAGGUGGAGGAGAUUGGUGUAGAGAAGGCAGCGAUGGACAUGAGCGUCUUCCUGAAGCUGCAGAAGAGAGUGCGGGAACUGGAGCAAGAGAGGAAGAAGCUGCAGGUGCAGCUAGAAAAGGAACAGCAGGACAGCAAGAAAGUGCAGGUGGAACAGCAGAACAAUGGCAUAGAUGUGGACCACGAUGCAGAUCUGGCUUACAACAGUCUGAAGAGACAAGAGCUUGAGUCAGAGAAUAAGAAACUGAAGAACGACCUGAAUGAGCUGAGGAAAGCUGUUGCUGACCAAGCCAUGCAGGACAACUCCACCCAUAGCUCCCCGGACAGCUACAGCCUCCUGUUGAACCAGCUCAAGCUGGCCAAUGAGGAGCUGGAGGUCCGCAAAGAGGAGGUGCUGAUCCUCAGGACCCAGAUCAUGAACACUGACCAGCGCCGAUUGGCUGGCAAGAACAUGGAGCCGAACAUCAAUGCCAGAACAAGCUGGCCCAACAGUGAAAAACACGUGGACCAGGAAGAUGCCAUUGAGGCCUAUCAUGGGGUCUGCCAGACAAACAGCCAGACUGAGGAUUGGGGAUAUUUGAAUGAAGAUGGAGAACUCGGCUUGGCUUACCAAGGCCUAAAGCAAGUUGCCAGGUUGCUGGAGGCACAGCUGCAGGCCCAGAGCCUGGAGCACGAGGAGGAAGUGGAACGUCUCAAGACCCAGGUGGAGACCCUGAAGGAGGAGAUGGACAAGCAGCAGCAGACCUUUUGCCAGACCCUGCUGCUCUCACCAGAGGCCCAGGUGGAAUUUGGCGUCCAGCAGGAGAUAUCUCGGCUCACCAAUGAGAACCUGGAUUUUAAAGAAUUGAUAGAAAAACUGGAAAAGAAUGAGAGGAAGCUGAAAAAGCAGCUGAAGAUUUACAUGAAGAAGGUCCAGGACUUAGAAGCUGCCCAGGCACUGGCACAGAGUGACAGGAGGCACCAUGAACUCACAAGACAGGUCACGGUCCAGCGAAAGGAGAAAGACUUCCAAGGCAUGCUGGAGUACCACAAAGAGGACGAGGCUCUCCUCAUCCGGAACCUGGUGACAGAUCUGAAGCCCCAUAUGCUGUCAGGCACCGUGCCCUGUCUGCCUGCAUAUAUCCUCUACAUGUGUGUCAGGCAUGCGGAUUACACCAAUGAUGACCUCAAGGUACACUCGCUGCUAAGCUCCACCAUCAAUGGCAUUAAGAAAGUCCUCAAGAAGCACAAUGAUGACUUUGAGAUGACAUCCUUCUGGUUAUCCAACACCUGCCGCUUCCUUCACUGUUUGAAGCAGUACAGUGGGGAUGAGGGCUUCAUGACGCAGAACACCCCGAAGCAGAAUGAGCACUGCCUCAAGAACUUUGACCUCACUGAAUAUCGGCAGGUGCUAAGCGAUCUUUCCAUUCAGAUCUAUCAGCAGCUCAUUAAAAUUGCCGAGGGCUUGUUACAGCCUAUGAUAGUUUCUGCCAUGUUGGAAAACGAGAGUAUCCAGGGGCUCUCUGGUGUGAGGCCAACUGGUUACCGGAAGCGCUCCUCCAGCAUGGUGGAUGGAGAGAACUCCUACUGCCUGGAGGCCAUCAUCCGCCAGAUGAAUUCAUUUCAUACUGUCAUGUGUGACCAGGGCCUGGACCCUGAGAUUAUCCUUCAGGUGUUCAAGCAGCUCUUCUACAUGAUCAACGCUGUGACCCUUAACAACCUGCUCCUGCGGAAAGAUGCCUGCUCUUGGAGCACAGGCAUGCAGCUCAGGUACAACAUAAGUCAACUUGAAGAGUGGCUUCGAGGAAAAAACCUUCACCAGAGCGGAGCAGUGCAGACCAUGGAGCCUUUGAUCCAGGCGGCCCAGCUCCUCCAGCUGAAGAAGAAAACCCAGGAGGAUGCUGAAGCCAUCUGCUCUCUGUGUACCUCCCUCAGCACCCAGCAGAUUGUCAAAAUUUUAAACCUUUACACUCCCUUGAAUGAAUUUGAAGAGAGGGUGACAGUGUCCUUUAUACGAACAAUCCAGGCCCAACUACAAGAGAGGAAUGACCCUCAGCAGCUCCUGCUGGACUCCAAACACAUGUUUCCUGUUCUCUUUCCAUUUAAUCCGUCUUCUCUGACCAUGGACUCAAUCCACAUCCCAGCAUGCCUCAACCUGGAGUUUCUCAAUGAAGUCUGAGGAUGCAUGCUUCCAAGGCAAACAAGGAAGCACAUGCAAUCAGCUGAGAGAAUUCUAGAUCAAUAUGCCCAAAGUAGAUCAAACCAGAGUUAGAGAACCCGUGGAGAGUACUGAACUAAAGGAAGUGACGCUCACUGUCAUUAGUUUUUGUAUAUGCUGCUCAGAAUAAAAACACUUGAAUGUGGAAGACUGUUAGAGGUUUGACUUGAGUUUAAACAAAGGCAUGUCAAAAUGAACAGCGCCAAAUAGCUCCAGUUGUCAGUUCAAGAGUAGAAGUGCCUAGCUGCGAUCUCUGUGUGUAACUGGAGGAUGUCCAAGUUAAGAUAAUAUUAAAAAUAAUGACGUAAAUUGCCUUCGUGGGUCUUUCAACAAAUAAUGAUACUAAUACCAUAAACAUGAUGGAUAUUGUUAAACCAAAGGGGUGUGUGAGCUCGUAGUGAGAGUUUUAAGAAUAGUAUGGGCCUGGGCCUCCAUGGACGCUUCCCUAAGGUAUUCCCUAACGCCGGGGAAUACAAGAUGACAGUACCAUUGGCCUCCAGACCAAACAUCGUGUAGACUGUUUCAGCAAAUUGGAUGAUGUGGACCCUGGUAUGCUUGAGUUUUUGUGAAAGUCUCAGGUUUAUGGGAGAGCCGCUCUAGCCAUGCUGCCAUCACAAGGGCCACGUGUGAGAAAGGUGGAGUACAGUCUCCAGUGCCAGUCAGUGCCCUGAGACCAGCAAAGCCUCCGCAACACUGUAAAUAUGAAAAAAAAUGGUAGGUGAGAAUGGAUACCAUUUAUCUGCAGGCCUAAAAACAGAACCAGCGUGAAAGCUUUUAACUCCCCAAUGUCACUAAACCUUCAACCAGGUCUUCACAGUGCGCUGUGGAUUCUAGACCCCAAAAUCACAAGGGAAACAAACUUCAGUUCCAGAACCAAAUUGUCUGAAAAGUCUCUGGAGGAGAAAGCGUGGUCACUAAGUUAUUGUCCAAAGAUUGAUGGCUUUUUUUAGAAACUGCUUUGAAAGAUUAUAAUAGCUUAGGGCCAACUUUCCCUUCUCAAGUUAUUCUCAACAUUUUUUUCAAACUUUAAAAAUCAAUGUAAAUAUUUUACUAUGAAAGAUUUAAAAGACUAUUUAGUAAUAAUAGAACAGGCUUGUGUACUCGCUGCUCUUAGAAUUUUGUUUUGCUCUGGGGGACUUUUUAGGACUCGAGAACAAGGUUUGGUUGGACAACCUAUAAAUUCUUUCUACCCAUUUUUAUAAUCAGUGUUUAUUAAAAGUGUGUGCUGUCCCUAUGACAGUAGCAGGUUGUUUGCAAAUCAUACAAGAGCCUGAUUAUCACACUGAGAUUUAUCCGUACUUUAGAAGAUCUCCCAGAGUGUUGCCCAGUUUAGAAGGUUCUUCAGAAUACAGUAGACUCCAACUCCUAAAAUCCUGAGCUUCCCAGUCGUCCUUGCCUACUGGGGCCAGAACAAGAAGCAGCACCUGGCUUGACUAAAUCUGACGACAACAAAUGCAUUGUUAUCUGCAUCCUCCCUUCUGUGCCCACAAUAAACACCACAGCUGCUCUUGGGGGUCUCUCUCCAAGAGCAGUACAGCCCCACUCCUCAGUAUCAGCCCCUGACAUGUCAACCCCCAAAUGCAAACCGUUUGGAAAGCCAGGAAAAAAAAUGAAAAGAAAAAAAAAAAACCUGGAUCUGUGGCUACCUCUUUAAAGUUAUUAAUGAAAAUAAUUUACCUUUUUAGUACACUUUAGUGUUCAAAUGAACUCGUGUAAAGACCCAUAAGAACACCAAAAAUGCCUUGUUAAGCAUUUUUAGGAGGUGGCACCUUCCCAAAUGUGGCUCUGAGCCCAUACACGGUUUAAAACCAUCACCUUCCCAUCCCCCCAUCCUACCCCCUAUGUGGGUUACUACUCUCCUGUUCCCAGUUAGUCAGGAGGUACAAAGGUUCACUAAAUAAAAGCUUAGGAAUUAGCCAGAUGGAGGGAGGGGUUAACUAACCCUCUCUACAGCCUAAGAAGACCAGGGUUUCCACUGAGCUAUGCUUAGCAAUACAGUGGUUGCUGGACCUUUACAGCCUCCCUGUUUCGUUGCAGAUGUGGAGAGUGAAAGGGACCUUGUGAGAAACUCUAAGCAUUUUUUUUAAACAUUUUUUUUCUGUGUAUCCCCCCCCCCCCCCGUGCAGGGGAAUUAACCCAGGUCCUCAGGCAAAGCUCAUUUGAAGAACUUCCCAGCUUCACGAAAUCAACAAUAUCUUUUACUUUAAAUAAAUGCAACACAAGUUUGAACUCUUCUCUAGGUAUCUCUGCUUCUGAGUAGUUACAAUUCCACCACGUUCCUUUAGCAGUUGCUGAAAUAACCGACUUCCUGCUCAUUCCCUAAAGGAGUCGCUGUCAGAAGAACUUAAUGUUCCUAUGGGCUUCUGAUUCAUCCCAUGAAGCAAGCACCUUCAAAACUAACCCAUAUUCACACAUCCACCAUUUGUGUUUCCAGAAUUAGCACAGGGGUACUACCCACUUCCUAGAGUAUGGGCGUAUUUUCACAUACAUUAGUUGCCAUGGAAGCAGACAAGGAUGUUAUCUGUGCACAUCCUCCCCAGGCCAUCCCAGCUGCAGUUAGACGGUCAGCAUCCGUAGGCUCACUUCGCAGACCCAAUGGUAGGCUUUUCCCCACUUUCCAUGGAACACAUCAUUGGAGUGGUUUCCUCUGAUUUUUCUUAGGAUAAAAUGUCAAGGUUCUUGUGAAAACGAGGAGUUUAGAGAACGUAGGUCCCUAAAAUCUACCACUAAUUUAACUAUUAGAGCCCUAAUGAAUGCAUUGAGGACUAUGGCAACAAACUGAAAUCCAGUUCUUUUGCAUAAAUUGACUACUUCCCAAACACUUGACCACUAUGAGUAAGUGGGCGCUAAACGUGCUAGCGUUGGGCCUCUCAUUUCCUUAUAACAUUUGCUAUUGAGUCCUAACGUUGACUUGCUAGAUGAGUCAAGUAACCAAUGCUUCACUUUUUAUACUUAUACAUUGGUCCCAUAUUCACAGAAUUACAGAGGGUAGAAAAUUAGAGGUUAAUGCCAAUGAGAAGUUUUUUCUUUCUUAUGGACAUCAUUGAAUACUAAAACUUUUUCUUUUUUAAAUAAGAUUUGGGACAGCAAGAUGGCUCAGUAGGUAAGAGUACUUGCCAUGGAAGCUGACAACCUGUGUUCAGUCCCCAGAGCCCACAGUGAAAGGUCUUUUGACUCACACACAGGAGCCAUGGCGCAUGUCUGCCCUCACACACACUAUAACAAAAUACAUUCUAACCAAGGGAAUCAACCAGAUGGAAUCAGGCUGCUGCCUAAAAGCACACUGUUAAGAAGAAACCAAUUGGAUGUAACAUUUUGCAAUCAACUGGCAUUGAGAUAAAGGCCUGCCUCUUUGAGGGAGUUCACAGAAUAUUCAGGGGUAAAUCUAACACUGCAGAAGAAAUGCUGCUGAAAAAAUAUAUUUUCCAUUUUGGACAAGUCUGUAAACUACAGCUUUGUUAUAGAAAAAAUGCUUAUAAUGGUUGCUGUAAUUAUUCAGCUGUGGAUAAAAAUUUGUGGAAAUAAAUACUUUUGAAUAAAGUGUGUGCCAAAUCUGAGCAAAAUUUAAAAUGACAGGCUGAUUAAAAGCAGUAUUGGCUAC